AUGCGGAGUAUCGAAGACAUGAAGUACGACUCGAUCCACGGCAGGUACGACGGCACUGUCGAGGUCGACGGGGACUCUCUGGUGAUCGAUGGCAAGAAGGUGGCUCUGUCGCACACCCGUGAUCCGGCCGAGAUCCCCUUUGCGGCCCAUGGUGCGGACUACGUCUGUGAGUCCACUGGCGUGUUCCUGACCGGCGAGAAGAUCCAGCCGCACCUCAAGGCGGGCGCGAAAAAGGUCGUGUUCUCGGCCCCGGCCAAGGACGACAGCCACACGAUAGUGAUGGGCGUGAACCAGGACACCUACAAGUCGGAGAUGGAGUGCGUCUCCUGUGCUUCGUGCACCACCAACGGCCUCGCUCCGAUGGUGAAGGCCGUCAACGACGCGUUCGGCAUCAAGCGGGGUUUGAUGACCACCAUCCACGCCAUGACCGCGUCUCAGCCCACUGUGGACGGGGCGUCGAAGAAGGACUGGCGUGGUGGCCGCGCCGCGUCUGGCAACAUCAUCCCCUCCUCGACUGGGGCGGCCAAGGCGGUGGCUAAAGUCGUGCCAGAGGUGGCGGGCAAGCUCACCGGCAUGGCCUUCCGGGUGCCUACGAUCGACGUGUCCGUCGUGGACCUCACUUGUGAGCUUGAGAAGGCGACAACCUACGAAGAGAUCUGCGCCGAGAUCAAGCGUCGCUCAGAGGGCGACAUGAAGGGAUUCCUGGGCUACUGCGACGAGGCACUCGUGUCCACCGAUUUCGAGACGUGCCCCAUCUCCAGCACCUUCGACUCCAAGGCUGGCAUCAUGCUGGACCCCACUUUCGUUAAGCUUGUCGCCUGGUACGACAACGAGUGGGGCUACUCGUGCCGCGUCGUGGACCUGAUCAAGCACAUGGCCAAGGUCGACGGAGCCUGA